AUGACCUGUGCUCUGGACAAUAAAUGUUUCGCUGUCCAGCUAAAGCUCACUUUGUUGGAUGAUAAUUUCCAGUUUUACUCCAUAACUGCCAAAACAAAAGCUGGAAAAAUACUGAACAGUAUAGUUACCCAUCUUAAAAUAACGCACCCGCAAUAUUUCGGAAUUAAAAUUCAAGAUAGAACACAAAACUGGAAAAGCAUUUUGUUGCAAAUGAAACUACUUGAUAGUCCACCAGUUGUUGAACAAUCUGUGAAUCCUAAUGAUAUAUCAAUUCGUCAAGAGACACAAUGCUUUUCAACAUCUAAAAAUGUCAUCCCAAUUGAACCACCGCCAACAGUGAAUAGUUUAACUGAAAAGCUGAUUUCAUCCUUUCGUACAUGCGGUUUAAAGGCGUGUACUUCAGAUAAAUCUCAUUUCGCCAACUCAUCCUAUAUCAAAGAUACAAAUAAACCUUUUACUUUAAUCUAUCAAGCUUAUCUUGGCAUAAAAUAUUAUCCUGCUGAUCCAACAAUUAUUGCAGAUGAGCAAACAAGAUACCAAGUCUUUAUGCAAGUCCGAAAUGAUUUAGUUAAUGGUCGAAUGCAAGUUGAUGAAAAUUUGUUUGUAACAUUAUGUGGAUUAAUUUUACAAUCUGAUUGUGGUGACUAUGGAGCUGAUCGAUUGGGACCAAAUUAUGUAAAACAACUCUUAAAACUACCUAAUUUGGAUGAACAAUUAGAAAAGAAGAUAAAGACUAAACAUGAAGAAUGUCGCUGUCGUCAACCAGCUUUAGUAGAAUAUCAGUUAUUGGAUAAAGUUAAACAAUUGCCAACCUAUGGUCAGAUAAAAUUUCAAAUCAAAGAGACUAUAUCAAAUACUCCAUGCUUAUUGUGUUUAGGACCUACCGGUGUUAUAAUUGAAGAUUCAAGAAAAAAUCUUAUCAAAUUUUCAUGGCCUCAAAUCACUGGAUUCGGGCAUAAGCAUAAACAAGUUCUGAUCAAAAUUCUAAAUGAGGGUACAAGAUUCACAUAUUGUUGUUCUGUUGAUAAUUCAGUGUCUUGUGAAAAUCUUUUACAAAUUUGUAAAAAUUAUUUAAAUUUUUAUAGAAAUGAAAUAUCUCAGAGAAUAAUUAAUGAACCACAGCAACUAAUGGGGAAUACAACAUCAGUUCAGCCUUCAAGUACUUCUGUUCAACCGAUCUUUUAUCGUAAUACUUCACUGAUCACAACAAGUGGAACAGCUUAUAAUGCAAAUGAGCCUAAUCUUCCAUCUGAUGCAAAAUAUCCAGCAUAUGCAACAACAGAUUCUACCCAACCAGCAUCAAAUGAAUUUGAGUCGAAAAUUAAUGUCAAGAUUAAUCGAAAUCUCCAACCGUUAUAUUCUAGUCUAAUUGAAUUUACUCCUGGCUAUGAAAUGAAAUCGCUUGCUACAAAUGCUCCUCCUCCUCCGCCUCCAGUACAGUAUCCCAUGUGUUCAUCAACAGUCUGUUCGAGUCAGCAUCCACAUGUCCAACCACGUUAUCAUCCUCCGCAUGCUUACUGUUUCGAUGCAAGAAGUAGCUAUCCUGCGGGUGUGGCUCCUGUUUCUGCUAACGAUGAUGAACAUGAUGUCGACGGUAAUAUCAAUGGAGACAGCGUCAACAAGUGUUAUUAUCAUCAUCAUUAUUAUUGUCAUCCUCAUUGCGAUAACAAUCAUUUACAUAACACUAUGAUACCAAUGAAUCCAUAUCAUGUAAAUGGGACAGGUAUGGUAUUUCAUCGUCCAAGAGGAUGUAAAACUGUCACAGAUAUUGGUGACCACCCUCAUGUAUACUCGAAUCGUCGAUCACAUUAUCUGCAGACAAGUUAUGCAAGUGGACGUUGGAUUGCUAACGACAAUCAUAGUAAUGCUAGUCAGUGUAGAUUAAGACAUCGUCGAAAAUCUUUUCCAAAAACUAAACAUUAUUACAUUGAUGAAGAUAUUGACGGGAAUUACUAUAUGACCAAAGUUCCACCACCAUAUCAUGAUGAUGAUGACAAUGAUGCUUGUGGCGGUGAUUGUCGUGAUGGUGAUGGAGACAGUGAUAAUGAUGGUGACGGAGAUGUCGAUGAUGAUACUGCUGAUUUCCGUCGUCAUCAUCAUCUGCGUACAACUCGUUCGAAAUCUGCGUCUAUAUACGGCCAACAAGAAUUUUAUCAAGCUAACCACCGCCCACCUUGUUCAUUAUCAUCAUCAUGCAGACAGAGGCAAAACCGUCAUCCAGUCAUACCUGAAUAUCAUCAUUAUCGUCGUCAGCCUAGAAUUCUACCACGUCCAGUUAGUCGAUUGGAUAGAUAUCCAGAGUUAUCCUCAUCAAUAAAUGAUGUUAACAAUAAAAGUGACAGUCAAGAGACAGUUGAAAAUUAUGAUGGUGGUAAUAAUAAUAACGAUAAUGACAGAUUACGUUGUCACUUCAAUGAAUCAGCGAAUUAUCAAGCACCCCAUUUAAAACAGAAUAAGUUAAAUGGUGUAAAGAAAUGUGAAGUUCUUCAAGUAUGCUCUGCUAGUCGACAGUCAUCAAAUGAGAAUUAUUCUCCAAGAGAUAAUCAGUUCACCUCAUCUAGAAGACAAACUAAUGGCAACAGCUCAAACAUCUGUUCACCUCGUUCGUCUACCUCAAUGACAAACAGAUCAAACACACAUUCUAUAAAUUCAAAUGAAUUAAGAAAAACUUCCCUAAGAAAGAAUCAUCCGUCUACUACACCCUAUUGGCAUAAAGAGAAGGCUAACCACAAUACUGAUACCGAUGAUGAUGCUGUUUUUGUUGACGAUAACGGUCAGUGCAAGUUACUGCGUGUACAACACCGUCGUCCGGUGUGUAACACCAAUAUCAGUCAACAUAAUAAUGCAUAUAAUGAUGAAAGUGACAGAGAAGAAGAAGGCGAUCAAGAGAAUAAAGUCAGUUCUAAUAUUGAUUCACAUGCCGGAGAUUUCAAUAAAAGAGGAUUACUUCAUGGAAAGUUAUACGCGUCAACAAAUGCCACAGAUUAUUCCUUCUCAUCAUCAGUAGUCUUUUGUCCAGAAGAAGAAACUGAUGAGAGUCAAACACCGAGUUUAUUGAAAAAUUCUGAGAAUAAUUCAGAAUUAUACGCUGGAGAAGCAUUCGAAACAUCUUUAAUUGACUUUAAACUACCACCAACACCCAAUUCACCUGGUGACAAUAAUAAUAAUAACAAUAAUACGAAGAAGAAAUAUAACAAUGAAAAUCAUAAUCAAAAUAAAAUAAUAACUGAACAUGUUGAAGAGGCGAAUUCUGAUUCAAAUCUUCCAUCUCCUCCAUCGAAUGACUUUCUAGUUCAAUUAGAAAAGUAUAAGUUCAAUACUGACAAACAGCGAGAAGUAUUUAGAAAUAAUAAUUUAGAAAAUACAAAUCAGAAAGCAAAUACACUUGAGAAUAUUAGCAGUGAUACAGGAUUCUCUUCACGUGGUGAUAACAAUAAUACGACUACUACUAAUAAUGCUAAUAACAAACGAGGUGGUCGUCGUCUACCCUUAUUACCUUAUGAAAGAUCUGACCACCAUGGCAAAUCAAAUGUGCUGGAUCAGUUUACAACAUCAACACCAACAGCACCGGCAAAGGAGGUGGUGACGACGACUGUGGCAACGUCAACACCUCUGCCUCAACCAACAGAAGCAACUAAAAUUAACCGACCUAAAAUGAUACAACUUUUAUCACCAACACCUUCACCGAGACUGUCGAAGGGUAUAAGAAGUGAUUAUCAUCAUCAUAAUCAGUAUCAAAAACGAUUGUCUACUAAUCAUUGCCAGCUGGAAGAGCAUGAUCAGACUACGGAAUGUGAUCUUGUUUAA